UAUACAAUAGAGCCCCUCCCCUCUAGCUGUUCCUAUGCAACAAACAUCCCCCAAUCCUCCAGUGCAGGAAGUUGUUCACAGCCGGCCAGGCGUCCAGAUACAGGAGUACAGCUACAGAAUGUCAAAAGGGACAAGCAUAAAGGACGCCAUUUCAAAAUGGGCUGUAAAGACAGGGGAGGAUCCAAAAGAGGCAAAAAAGAUACACCUGUACAUGCAGCUCCCUCCCAUUGAGAAGAUGGAUGCAUCACUGUCAACACUGGCAAACUGCGAGACACUGUCCCUGUCCUCCAACUGCAUUGAGAAGAUAAGCAACCUCAACGGAUUGAAGAAUUUGGUGACUCUCUCGUUGGGCAGAAACCUCAUCAAGAACAUCACUGGUCUGGAAGCAGUUGCUGACACUCUCCAACAAUUGUGGAUCUCAUACAACAAUAUUGAGAAGCUGAAAGGCAUUACAGUGCUCGCUAAGCUAAAGGUGCUGUACAUGUCUAACAAUAAUGUCAAAGAAUGGAGUGAGUUCCAGAAGCUUGGUGAGCUACAGAACUUGGAGGACCUCGUAUUUGUAGGCAAUCCCCUAGAGGAGAAGCACUCAGGUGAUGGAGACUGGAGGGAGCAGGCUCUCAAGAGAGUGCCCAAACUGAAGAAGUUGGAUGGGGUUCCAGUGGUGGGUCAAGCAGACGAUGAGGAAGAACAAUAAUAACUAUUAGACCCCUAAAUUGCUUAUAAUAGAUCUAUAUACACACUUAUUUAAUUUGUGCUAUCUGUCUGGAUGCUUUUAUUAUUGUUAAACACACUG